UGUAAUCCGUGUGAAUCUAGUGCGACAAGAGGAUUAAAUUAUUUUUUCCUUAUUAAUAUUGGUUGUAAUAAACGAGUUAUAUGCGAAUAGAAAUAUUGAUUGUGCUAUAAGUUAGUAGAUCCUCUGAGAUUGUUUGUAUUUAAACAAAUGAUCAAUUAUCCCAUGUAAUCGCAAACGAAAGAAAAAAUUGCAUUUAGUGACAAAGAAAAAAAAAGCGGAAGAUAGAAGCAAAGGUGGAAUAAAAGUGCAAAGGGUAAACAGAAGAAUGAAAUGAAUAGCAAAUAAAAUGUACGAUCCAAAGGCCGAAUCAAGACGCAUAAAAUAUAGCAGUGGAGGAAGAAAAAUUAAAUAAAAAUAAAUUGUCGAUUUUUUUUAUUCAUUCGCAGUAUUUGUAUUAAUUUUUUAGAAUACACAGUGUUAUAUUAUUGUGCUCACGUAUAUAAUCAAUUAUUGACACAAGUAAAAUAGAAUCAGAUAAUUCCAUGUGAUUCGGUGAAUUCUUAGUGCAAUUGCAUAAAAUAACAAGCUGUAAAACGUUGACGUCAAUAUUGAAAAGGAAUAAAAAUUGACCAUAAUAGAAGUUUUAGACUGAUUUGUUAAAUAUAAAUAUUGGCUAAAUGGAGGGAACGGAUGGAUCACCCCCACCUUCUUUGUGUAUUGUACGCGCUACUGAGUUUUUCCCAAGAUUAAACAUGGAAAAAGAAGAUGCAGACUUGGAAGUACCCUAUCAGGAACUUGCUGGGGAAUUUGUCUUAUAUCUAGGACGUACUGAUGAUGGCAUUUUAUCGCUCUCAACAUACCGUAUAUUUAUACUUAAAAACUCUACCAACUCAGAGACAUCCGUGCCACUGGGGUUAAUCGAAAGUUUACAGAUACGUGACCUGUUCCAUUUAAUCAUCAAUUGCAAGGACGCUAGCACCGUUAAAUGUUCCUUUGAAACAGCUGAACAGUGCGCCGAAUGGCUGCGACGCAUUCAGUUGUGCGUCGGUGUGCCAGAAACCUUAGAAUCGCUAUUCGCAUUUCCCUUCCACUCGUACAUGAGUGAUGCAAUAAAUAUGCAAAGCGAAGCUUAUAAUUCACCCGAGUACCUGGAACGCUUACAGCGCGCUACACGUGCAGACGAUGAUUUUAUGCGCGAAGUCGUACGACUAGGCUUCGAUUUGAACGGAACGUGGCGUAUUUCCAAAACGAAUGAAGAGUUCAAAUUAUGUCCGUCAUACCCGCAGCGGUUACUGGUGCCAGCCUGCAUUUCGGAUGACAUGCUUUACGAAGUGGCGAAAUUCCGUGGGUCGCGCCGAUUGCCAGCCGUUGUGUGGCGUCACAAAAAAUCUGGUGCAGUGAUUGCACGUUGCAGUCAACCCGAAGUGGGUUGGUUCGGUUGGCGUAACAACACAGACGAACAAUUACUUAAAGCUUUGAGUGAGGCGUGUGCAUUCGAUCGAGGUGAACAAAUGCGUCGCCAAAGUCAGUCUAUCAACACGACGAGACGAAGAAUGACAUCAAGUGAGAGUACGCCCUCAAGCACUGACGGCAGUCAUGAGGAAGUCACGAUGGAUGAAGUGCAGAAAGUCCUCAUUGUUGAUGCGCGCAGCUAUGCUUCCGCGGUAACAAAUCGUGCACGUGGUGGUGGUUGCGAAUGCAUUGAAUAUUAUCCGUCGGCUGAAAUCGAGUUCAUGAAUCUGGGUAACAUACAUGUUAUACGUAGGAGUUUUCAAGCGUUAAGACAACUCUGUGCUUCGCCAGCAGAUAGUCAAAAUUGGCUAGGCUCGCUCGAGAAGACAUUUUGGUUGCAGCAUCUCUCUGGGCUAUUGGCCGCUACCAUAACUGUUUGUCAUGCUAUUGAGAAGAAGGGGCGGCCAGUGUUGGUGCACUGUUCGGAUGGUUGGGAUCGCACACCACAAAUUGUGGCCACAGCACAAUUGUGCUUGGAUCCGUACUACCGCACUGUAGAGGGUUUCCGCGUUUUAGUCGAACGUGAAUGGUUAAGUUUUGGCCAUAAAUUCUCAGAUCGUUGUGGUCAUGGUCCUGGUUCGGAUGAGCUAAAUGAACGUUGUCCAGUUUUCCUGCAGUGGUUAGAUUUGGUACAUCAAAUACACAAACAAUUUCCUUGCAGUUUUGAAUUCAACAUGGCUUACUUGAUUAAAUUAGCACAACAUUCGCAUUCAUGUCUUUUCGGCACCUUCCUAUGUAACACGUACAAGGAACGUUGCGAAAAGUCGGUGUUUGAGCGUACUUACUCAGUAUGGCCUUUCCUAUCCGGGCCGAUGUAUAAAAGUCCACUUUAUCUACCCAAUAAAGAUACGGUUAUUUGGCCAGCGCAUAAUGUACGAGAUCUGCACUUAUGGACUGAAGUUUAUUUGGGAAGUUUGGGAAAUCAAAAUAGCGUUGAAUUCGUAAAUAAUAGCAACGAAAAUUUGCAGGGAACGACAACUCCUAUGACUAAGACGCGUUCUUACGGCGAUUUAGUGUCAGCAAAUAUAAUGCAGAGUGGCAUCUCACGACGUUCCAGCGACCCAAAUAUGACUGUGGAACCGAAUUUAACAAUGGCUACAAAUUCUGAAAACAACUCCAUCGCCGAUACACAAUCCGAACGUGAAGAUUUGCCCGAUAAUGUAGUUGAAAUGAUGCAGCGAAUUGAGAAUCUCACCAUCCAGCCAAAUAAUCGCGAUGAAGAUAACUUUGUGGAUGCCGCAAACACUACAGAGGACCCACAAACUAGUAAUGCGCAGCCCAGAGAAUUGAAUGAACCUAUUUCGAAUACUGAAGCGACUGCAGACAUCAACAACAGUUCACUUUCAGCUUUAAACAAAAAUGAGCUCCCAAGGCAAAAUGACAAAAAUGAUAAUUCAAAUGACUUUAAGCCCAAGGCUAACGGUAUCGAGCACCAAAACGGCAAAACGAAUGCUCCCCACAGUAGCAGAAAUAUUAGUGAUUCGGGAGGCGGCGACGCUUCAAAAGAAUUUAAAGCAAAUACAAACGAGGAUCUUAUGAUAAGUGUAGAAUUGAGUGAUGCAAGCCACAAUAUGGAUGAAGCUUUGGGCAGACAUAGCAAUUGGCAUGGCGCUGUCAGCACCAGCACAGAUACUUUAGUACCAAUCGAAAGAAGAUCAAGUACUAACGGCGAAGAACUACCAUCCACGCCUCCAAAAAUGGGAGUCGAUGUUACAGAUGGCUUUCAUACACCUGAAAAACUAUCCACAUCGGCGGACAAAGCAGAGCUUGGCUUAAGUUCUCCUUAUGUUCUAUUAAAACAAGAGCGACAGAAUUCUUCAACUGGUAAUGGCAACAAUGACAACAGACCUCCCGCCAACGGCGUUAAUAACAGUAUUAUGCCAAAUGUUCAUGGCACAAACGGUACCUCGAAUCGUGCAAAUAUCUUGUCAAAUUCAUCUAGUAAUGCCUCCGUUUCAUCUACAUCGUCUUCACUCAAUAAUUUUAAUACAAACAUGAAUAAUACGAACAGUAAUAGCAACAACAGCAUCGCAACAACAAUGACAACAGCCACAGAUCAAAGCGCAAAUGAUGUUGAAAUAGAUGUAGAAGCUUGUAUUGCUGAUGCAGGUGCACAAGCGAAUUCAACUGAUGCCAUGAAUGAAAGCAUCAUGAUUUUGCCAGAACAUCGAAAAUUGCAAAUAUCUGUGAGUGGCAAGUGUGAGGCUAUCUCGAAUAAUGGCUCGUCCUUACCAACGUCCCCAACAGGCUCCGACGAAAAGCCGAGUACUAGUCGUGCAAGGGGUCAAAACAGUAGAAGGGAAAAUAUUUGGAAUGUUAGAGGCGCUGAAGGCGGUAGACAAAAUAGUGGUGGUAGCGGUGAUAGUGGUGCCACUGGUAGUGUAGGUAGUGGUGCAGGUAGUGGCGCUGGUGGUGGUGCAGGUAGUGGCGCCGGUGAUGGUACCGGUGGUGGCGCCGGUAGUACUGCCGGUGGUAGUGCUGGUGGUGGGGGCGGUCGCGGUGAUGAUAAUGGUGGCGGCGGUGGUGCCGGUCGUAGUGGUAAUAAUGGUGGUGAUAAUGGUGGCAGAGCCAAUGGUGAUGCCGCUAGUGGUGAGGAAAACGGACAACAACGCCGUCGACGCCCUUCAAAUUCAAAUCGUCAAUAUGAUGGAUUUCACAUGCGACAACCAGACGGAAGCAUACGUUAUUUCUUUACGGGUAAUCGUAGGCCUGGUAUACGCUCCUUACCGUUGUCACCGCCUCCCCGUCAGGAACGACCUCAUCUGUUAUAUUCCUGCCCUGACGGCUUGGCGCAUGCGCUAAGCGAACAAAAUAUGCGUCUACAUCAAAUUGUGCAAGAACAUAUGUUACGAGAGGAUAUUCUAUUGCAAGAAAUCCAUGAUAUGGAAAUUGAACUACGAAGGAAAAGAUGUCCAAAUUGCAAUGCCGCUCAAAAUAGUGAUAAAAACGAAGAACAGGUAGACGAACUCUUAGUUAGCAGAAGUAGAGUACGUGAUUGUACUAAGUUCCAAUGCUUGAAUGCGAGAUCGUGUACAAAGUGUAAUUUACUAUUGCAACAGCAGCAAUAUAGACAACAACAACAACAGCCACUGCAAAAGCAACCACGACCUCGUUGUCAUACUGCCGUUGAUUAUCGUGAUCGAUUUCCUCAUCGUUUUCAUAAUUGCCAUUGCCUUUGCCAAAAUAGUCACCAUCAACGUAAGCGUUAUCAUAGCUUCAGUUGUAGCCUUUGCUAUAAGAAAGAUGAUAAUAUACAGAUUGCCGACGAUAACGAUAUCACCAUGACGUUGCUCAGACGUAAUUGUAAUUCUGAUUAUGCUGAUAGCAAUAGUUCUUUAUUAACGUGUUCAGCGGCCGAUAAUUUAGAGAAUGCUUCAAUAUGCUCAUGGGAGGCUGUGGAAGAUCGCAGCGCUCCAUCAUCUAGCGCUAGUUCCUCCAUACAACAACCAAACACCACAAGUGCCCUCUGGGUACCAGACCACGCUGUGAAACGCUGCACCAGCUGUCAAGUCGAAUUCUGGAUAGGCCGCAGAAAGCAUCAUUGCCGCUCGUGUGGGCAAAUAUUUUGUGCUGACUGCUCUGAGUUUUGGGCACCGCUACCUGAUGCAAAGCUUUUUAAACCCGUAAGAUUGUGUGGACCCUGCUAUCUUGCCGUAACAACGAGAAUAGAGCAACAGAGCAACGCAAUCAUAGCAACAAAUAUGCCAAAUUAUACAGCCACAACAACCAGCACAACGGCUACUGCUGCCUGGACGACUGGAGGAGCCUCAACUAGUUCGCCCAAAUUGGCGAUGUCUGCAGUCUCCAAUGCAACGGUAGUCACAACCACAACAACAACUACGCCUGCGUCCAGCACCAUAACGGCUACAGUGUUACAACAACAACAACUGCAGCAGCGGCAGCAUCAACAACCCAAACAGCGACAUAAUGUAGCCGCAGCAACUACAACAACUAAUGGAGCAUUAACUAACUUGCAUCAGCCAGUUGCAGUACACGGAAUCGCUGUUGUCACUGCAAAUACACCUGCCUCAAGUGCACGGAUGAUGGCGCCAAUACCCAUAACAGCCGCUGCAGCAGACGCGCUACAACAGCAGCAGCAGCAGCAACAAAGACAGAAUGCAGCAGCGGCAGCAGCGACUGCAAGCGCUACCGUGGCCGUUGCAGCGGCCGAGAGCAGCAGCAUGUCGCACAUAUUGAUGACAGCGAAUAAAAAUAUUGCAGCCAGCGUUGCAAAUUAAUAACCAAGAGCUAGGGCCUAUAUAGUGCAUCAUUUAAUUUUAUUUCGUAUCAGAAAUUGAAUUUUAAUGAUCAUUAUUUCUAUAAGAGACACAUCUAACUACAUAAAAUGCUGUUAAAUCUGAUCGUAUGUAAGUUUAGCAGCGAAUGUUGUGCUACUACAUCACACUACGGACAGUGACGAACGCGAGAGAGACUGUGCUGCCAGACUGUCGGCAACUUUGUUGCUAUCGUGCCUAGACAUGUGUGGAUUAUAUUGCUUAACGCCGCGUGCUUGUAUUAUUUUUGAAAUUGUAUUUGUUGACUUUUUUCAUUUUUAAUGUUUUUACUUUUAAACUAUACAGUGUUCAAGUAUGUACAUGUUUGACCAUUGUAUAUGUAUUUUAUAGUAAUUCUCAAAAUACAUUUUUACAUAAGAAUUUAUUUUAAAUUAAUCUAACUGUUUGCAUAAUUAUUGAAAAAAAGAGAAAUCGUAAAAAACAAAUGCGGUAAGAAGUGUUUUUGCAACAAAAGUUUAGUUUAUAAAUUACAUUAUUUAUGAAAUUUCAAAAUUUAUUGAAUUAAGACACUUGACUUUAUAUGUAUAUGUGUACCUUUAAAAAUAUUUGAUUGCGGCUAAAUGCUGAACUAUUUUAGAGAUAACGUUAAAAUGAACUAAACAUUAUUGGAACAUUUGAAAAACUUGCACUAAAUAAUGAAUUGAAAUUUACCUUUUUUUCUACAUUUAAUUUAGUACAAAAUAUUCACUUUUAUUAUUUGUUGUUAAGAGUAUAUUAUUACAAAAGAAAAAACGCAGAAAAAACAAGUUAUAGCGAAUGUAAUAAAUUAAAAGCAAACAUAUAAAAUUGUAAUCGAAAUGAAAAAUAGUAAAAUCAUAAACCAAAAAUUAUAUAUAUAUGUAUACACAAACACACAAUAUUGACAAACACAUUGAUCGUGUAAUUGUUUAAAAGAAAACAAGCAACUAGAAGCUGCGUGCUUUUACUUACUAAUAAAUGUGAAAUUUACAAUAUUUGAUUAUUUGUAAGGGAAUAUUUAGAGAAAAAUGGUUAUGUUUAAAUUAACUUUGCCCCUCCCUCCCACUAUAUUGAACACAAUUGAAUGUAUGUAUGUAUUAACUAUUAGGAAUUUUAAAUAUUAAAGAAAUUUAUCAUUAUUGCUUAUAACAAAAUAAAGCAGAAAGCAAAUGAAAUACGAAAAACACGAA